GAGAACCAGCGUGUUAUCUGCCAAGUUCCUGCGUGUGACUAAACAAUACCUUCCUCACAUGGCUCGUCUCUGUCUGAUCAGCACAUUCCUGGAAGACGGCAUUCGCAUGUGGUUCCAGUGGAGCGAGCAGAGAGACUACAUCGACACCACGUGGAACUGUGGCUAUCUCCUGGCUUCCAUCUUUGUGUUCAUUAACCUCUUUGGGCAAUUAAGUGGUUGCAUUCUUGUGCUCAGUAGGAAUUUUGUCCAGUAUGCCUGUUUUGGUUUAUUUGGAAUUAUUGCAUUACAGACAAUUGCAUACAGCAUUUUAUGGGAUCUGAAGUUUUUGAUGAGAAAUCUUGCCCUUGGAGGGGGUUUGCUACUGCUGUUGGCCGAGUCUCGGUCAGAAGGAAAAAGCAUGUUUGCUGGCGUACCCACCAUGCGGGAAAGUUCCCCGAAACAAUACAUGCAGCUGGGGGGACGAGUGCUGCUCGUCCUCAUGUUUAUGACCCUGCUGCAUUUUGAUGUUAGCUUCUUUUCGAUCCUCCAGAACAUCGUGGGUACAGCCCUGAUCAUCUUAGUGGCCAUCGGCUUCAAAACCAAGUUGGCGGCCUUGACUCUGGUCAUCUGGCUCUUUGCCAUCAACCUUUAUUUCAAUGCUUUCUGGACUGUCCCCGUGUACAAGCCCAUGCACGACUUCCUCAAGUACGACUUCUUCCAGACCAUGUCUGUCAUCGGAGGCCUGCUCCUUGUGGUGGCCCUGGGUCCUGGUGGUGUCUCCAUGGAUGAGAAGAAAAAAGAGUGGUAGAGGAGGAGGAAGAACAACACAUUGUCUCAGCAUCUGGGAACUGACUCACACUAUGGGGAAUAAAAACAGAACUGCCAACAAUUUAGAGGUGCCUACUUUCCCUUUUUAAAGGCACAAUCUUUUUUUUUUUUUAAGUCAAUUGUUUUUAGCUCACGACUGCGCUGAUAAUCUGAUACCAUGCCAGAUCGUUCUUCAUUCAAGAACACCUGCCUCCUAUCACUGUUCUCUUGUAUAAUCUCCUGAAAUUGGAAUGAAAAACCUGACUUGCUGGGACUGCCACGUUUAAUUUCUUUGACAAUGGGGUUGUUUUUUUAAAUUUAAACUACUGUGAUCAGAUGCCUUGCUGUGUAUUUUCAGUGUGAUGGGUGUUCCAUCUUAUAUUUUUGGUUUUGUUUACAUUCAAGUUGUAAUUAAAUGAAGUCACAUCCC